UAAUCUGUAGUUUUAUUGUCUAUGCAUAAAUCACAUGACCCUUUAUUUUGUCCCCGUGAUCAAAAUCCGAGAAUUCAAAAAUAAUUACGCGCAAUGGCCAAAAUUAAAUUGGACGUUGAUGAUAUACAUGAAAAUUCACUUGAUAACAGUGCUGACAGUGAAUAUUUGGGUAUGGUGGAUGAGAGCUCUUUUGGAGCAGAGGAACGAACCCAUUUAGUAACACAACAGUUUUUGGACACAAAUGAAAACAGUACCUCCUAUUCUUACAGAGAUAUUCACUCUGGAUCUGUCACAUACAAGUUGAUACCAAUGACGGGAGAAGAAACUACAACCAGCAUCGCUUCACAUUCACCAUCACAUGAGUACUAUGUAAUAAGUAAUCCAGUAGAGAUGUUUGGACCUACACAAGCUCAAAAGAAACCUAAUCCCCGUAGAGAAGCUAUGCAAAACAAAGCAGUUACAACAAAGAAGCGCGACGAUAAACGUCGUGCAACACAUAACGAAGUGGAGAGGCGUCGAAGAGAUAAAAUCAACAGUUGGAUCACAAAACUGGCGGCCUUAGUUCCCAACUCUGGUUUGCCUGAUUCCGCCAGCAAGGGUGGCAUAUUGGCUAAAGCUUGUGACCACAUUACCGAACUAACACAAAAGCAAAAGAAGUUGGAAAAACUAGAAGUAGAAAAUGAAAAGUUAGUUUUAGAAAUAUUAAGACUCAAUCAAGAACUUGCUGAAGUGCGAAAGGAGAAUAGCACCAUACGGGAUCAAAUCGCUGACAACUGCAUAGUGGUCACACACAGGCCGAAGGGACAAAAGUCCUAGUUUUAAUCCCCGACUGGUGAGAAACUUAGAACUUAAACAAGGUGCUGAUAGAGCUAAGAGUGAUUGUGUAUAGUUGUCAAGCGAUAAUUUCUACUAGAUAAAAAAUUUUGCUACGGCAAGUAUGCGAGGUUUUUUUUAGUGGCAACGUUCUGGUGUUUUUGUAUAUGAUGAUAAAAGUUAGGCUAUGAAUGUUUAUUAAAUUAUGUACAUUGAGAACUCGAGAGGAUUUCACAUGAGAAUGUUAAUUUUGUUUUAUAGUUUUGUUUAGUAUUUCUUUUCAUAUAAUUAUUGCUUCUUACUUGCUCUUAUUGUUUUCGUAUAAUCAUGUAAAUGAGGUCUUUUUUAAAGAGGUUAUUGUUUUGCUCUUUAUUUUGUUUUAAUAAAGAAAUACUUAUUGUUUUAGCACUUUCUGUGCAUAAACUGAUUUCUAAUUAUCCUUGACAAUAAAUUGUUUUAGAUUAAAAUUUGUUACAUAAAAAUGAAAUACAAAAUAAAUUAUAGGUACAUGAAAGUGAAUUGUAGAAAUAAUAACAUUAGAUUAAGUCACCAUUAUUUAAAAAGCAGUAAUAAUAUUUAUUUUAAUUAUUAGUUACGAUCAUUAAGAAUCUGUUUCUUUACAUUUAUUUUAAUGUUAAAUGAUUAUUUUGUAAUCAAGUGUGAUAUAGUCUAGGAUUCUAGGCACUAAAGAAACUUUUUAUAAGCCUAAACAUUGUUACUAUUUUGUAGGAAAUCUGAAAGCCUUUUACUGUUUAAAUUUUAUUGCAUGAAUUCGUAGUAUGCAUUGAAAAAUGUAUAUAUUACAAUCGUUAAAUCUCAUAAAACCUACAGUGCAUAUCUAAACUGAAAUUCAUAUAAAUCGACCCAAAUGUUUCAUUUGAUAUUGAACAAUAAAAUAUUAUUCUAUGGCCACAUUAUUGCACUAUCGCGAACACUUUUAGUUUUAACCAAGCAAUAGUCACAUUUCUGACCACGUUCAGAAAAUAUGACUAUUGCUGCUUUACAUUUCUGACCGUGUUCAGACAAAAAGUUGAUCCAUUACAGAAAUUUCUAUUCUUUUUUAAUUCCAAUAUACAUCAUUUGGCAACAAAAGAUUUAUAUGCCAAAUGUUUUGUUUGUUUUUAACAUAGGGUCAAGGAUAAAAAUGAGGAAAAGCAUAUUCUGCCUGACUAACCUUUACGUUGUCUGGCAGAAUGAAAAGGUUGAUAUAGCUUUAAAAUAAAGAAGCUAUUUUAUUACCUACAUAGUUGUAGUAGUAUAUAUAUCACUAUUAAUUUAUAAAUUGUAUUAAACAAAAAUAAAUAUUUCUUACAAAACAUAGUACCCCGAUUAUGCUCUAAAAUUUAUUACUUUUUAUUGCAAUGGGCCUAAAUCUAAAAAGUCUCUCAUUUUCAUUAUUUAUAGACUUUGAUAAGGUCAUAGUAUUGUCAAACUUAGUUUUAGGAUUCAUGCAAAAAUUCAGGGUAGGCAAUAGCGCAAGUGAUAUUUUUUGUAUUGCAAGCGUCUAUAAGCUUUGGUGGCCACUAGUAAGCGGCCAAACUAGCAUAAGUAUGCUAGUUUAAUAAACAAAAAGAAAUAGGCCCAUAUUUAUAAAAAGUACACAAUGUUUUUUUUUUGUUGAAAACUCGAAGAAAUGAAAUGAAGCUUAACGAAUGGCAAAACCUCGCAAUAGGGUAUUUGACAAGUUUAAGAAAACGAUCUCACGUUAUUGACUAGUGUUUAUGGAGACCGUAAAAAGUGGAUAUUCAUCAUUCUGUUGUGUAUUUCAGUAAAAAUAACCAAAUCAAAAACUCCAUUUUCAAGUUGCCGCGAAAACGUUUCUCUGGACAAUAUGGCGUCUUACUAGUGUGUGACGUCACACGACUGUUAUAAAAACGUCAAACGAUACAAUGUAAUGUCACUUUAACCGGAAGUUUACUUGCGUGUGACGUCAUUUUCGGCGCCGCCAAUCCCAAGCGUUUUGACAAUAGAUAAGAAAACUAUUAUCUUUUUCGUUAGUUUUUAGUAAAAUUAUGAAUAUUUUUUUGUUAAAAUAGUAAAAACCCCUGCCAAACCAUUCUAAACACAGAUGCUAACAAUUGGCACUUUAUUUUUAACACUGUCAUAUACCCUAUUGUUUCGUCCUGCAUCAAUUUGCAUUAAAAUUCAAAAUCGAUAUCAUGACGAUGGACGCUGCUGGUUGUUUUUUAAGGGUGGUCGCCAGUCUCUUUAAAUCCCUUGAUUUUGAAAUGGGUUCAUAUAAGGUGCCCGUAAAUAGAGAUUUUAAACGGCCAUAUUUCGCUAAAUAUUAAUUUUCUAAAAAAAUCCACGCAAAGCAAUAUCUCUGAAUAAAUAAAGCUACAAUUCAGUGCUUAGCUUAUUUUUUCACUCCAGUAUUUCGUAGUUAAUCGUUUUUCACUUAAAGCUCAUUUUUUUCUAAAAUGAACCCAUUUCAACUUCUACAAUGUAUUGAUAAUACAUAUUUAAAGAGGACCGAUCUUAUUUUUAUUAUAAGUUGCUCAAUUUUCAUGCAAAAAGUCUCUAAAGAUUGUAUAAGUUUUCCUCGAAAAAUUCAGUUUUCCCUCUAUUUGAAUUCGAAUCUUUUGUAUUUAGUAUUUGACAAGCAAAAGCUAAUUAUUAACAAGCCGCGGUCCGUAUUAGUUACAUAGUAAUUGUAAGUACAAGUUUUCUAUUGUUUUUUUAUGAAAUGGAUAUUUUUUCGUUUUGCGUUGUUCAAAAAUAUGUAUACCUCGGGCAGACACUACAGUUAGGUAGAAACAACUUUGAGGACGAGGUGAAUAGAAGAAUUCAGCUAGGUUGGGCAGCGUUUGGGAAGCUACGUCAAGUCCUGACAUCGUCGAUCCCACAGUGCCUAAAGAUGAAAGUCUUCAAUCAGUGCGUCCUACCUGUGAUGACAUACAGAGCCGAGACGUGGACACUGACGGUACGGCUGGUCCACAAGUUCAAAGUCGUUCAACGCGCUAUGGCAAGGGCUAUGCUCGGCGUUUCUCUGAAGGAUCGCAUCAGAAAUGAGGUAAUCCGACAGAGAACGAGUCAUCGACAUAGCCCACCGGAUUAACAAGUUGAAGUGACCGCGUCUAGGCAAACGUAGUGUAGGACCUCCUCUGGCACGAUGGAGUGACGAUUUGCGCAAGUCACAUUGCAGGAGCUGGAUGCGAGUAGCCCAAGAUCGAUCUCAGUGGCGUGCAAUUGGAGAGGCCUAUGUCCAGCAGUGGACCAGGAUAGGCUGUUGAUGAUGGAUAUUUUUUCAAUUAUUCGCGAAAAACCCAAUAGAAACGAUGAUUCUUUUAUGUUUCUAUAGUUAAAAAGUAAUAAAUAAAUACCAGGAUAAAAGCGGUCCUCGGCAUGAUAUAGAUUUAAAAAUUCUAGUGCUAUUCUCUUCAGUGAAAAUUUCAAGUAAAUCCAUGUGAGACAAAAAAAUUACGCUCCAAAAUGAAGCAUUUUCUGGACUUUUUGGUGGAAAACACGGCCAAUUUUAGUUAUCGGUGUUAUUUUUGGUUGCCAGAUAAUAUUGUUUAACUAGAAACCUUUUUAAUUGACUCAACUAAAUUCUCAAUUCUUUAUCCAAUGUUCUUGUAAUUUUCACAAUGUGUCUCUCGUGAAAUUCAUUUUUCGUGUGUUUGUAAAGGCAACCAUUAUCACUACAUAACUUACAUGGGUCCAAUCAUCCAUUGAAAUGUAUCGUGUUGUAUAAUAUUAUGUUGCUUUAAAUAACUUUUUAUAAUAGUUAUAAUCUUUGUGUAAUUCUAAAUAGUGUAAGCGGUAGCGAUAGCUGAAUGUUCACGAUUAAAUAUGUGCAUUUUAAUCUUAUGUUGGAAAAAUACAAGUUAUUAUCACCGGUCUUAAUGAUAUUGUUCAAAUAUUUUCAUCGCUAUAAGUCAAAUACAUAUUAUUAACUUAAUUUCUUCUUUCACAUAAAACACCUACUUCACCUGCUAAGGAGUAUGGUGAUAAUCUUUAUUUGUUAGGGGCCGUUCAAGUAUUACGUAAGCACUAUAGGGGGGCAGGGGGUCUUUGCUUUGCUUAUUUUUGAUGACAUUGACAUUGGAGGGGUGGCGGGGGCGGUCGAGAUAGUGAUUACGUCAGCAUCAUGGAUUCGGGUGCCAUGGACUGAAGAACUGGAAAAGUUUGUUUUGUUCGUAAUAGUAAUUAAUAAGAUUAUAUUUGUACCUUACUCUAUGCAGAAUACUGUGUCAAUAAAGUUAGUUUAAAUAAAUACUACGUGCGUUAAAGUCCUCUAUCCUAAACCUUUUUAAGUACUGCUACUUAUGAAGCUCAUGAAAGCUCAUGAAUCAAUAAAAAAACAUAAUACAUUAAAGGAAAAAUUCAUAUAGGUACCAAUGCUUACGUUAGCAUGGGAGGAGGUCUAAGAGCUUUCCUUACUUUUGCUGACGAGGGGGAGGAGGGGGUAAAUAAUUGUAAUAAAUCUGCUUACGUAAUACUUGAACGGCCCUUUAUUUCUGAAUUUCAUAAAACAUGUUUAUCCUACCAGCAUGUUUUGUAUAAUCCGACCAACAAUUAUUUAACCUAUUAGAUCAUAAAUCAUGUUUUUAUAUCGAAAAUCACUUUAUAAAUGAAAAGACAUAUUUAAACCUAACUUCACAAUUUUUUCAAUUACUUAUUUUAAUAAGACUAUUUUUUUUGUUAAAACCUUGAGCCGAACCUUUUGUCUCAUGUAAUUCAUUGUAAAGCCAAUAAAUAAAACUAGUUUUAACGGGUUAAUGCACGAACUCUAUUUAUUUAUCGACGUUUCGCAGCCUUUUCAGGUCUGCAUCGUCAGAAUAUGCAUAUUCAGCAGGUCUGAGAAUCGGACAACAUCUAAAACAUUUUUCAUCCCCCUAAAUGUAAAGCUGCUGGAUUAUUUUUUAUUAUUUUUUUAACUACAUCCAGAUUUGUGUAAAAAUAUAAUCAGAUGUUAAAUAUA